CACAAGCUCCACUAUCCUCCUGCCCGCUUAAAGGCUCCUGCCUCCUGGAGAUCAAUGUUGAGGAUUAUGUCGAUUGGUGUUUGAUAGAGAAAGAUCUGAUCUUUGCUCGUUUGCGACAACCCAUACCAUACGCGAUCUAAUAAUCCAUUCGAAAAGUCAGACAGUAGGAAAAACCAAUCCUAAUUGAAUCAGAGGAAAACCGCUAGCUUUGCUUUUAAUAUAAUUACUCUCAUCAAGAUUAGAGGCUUCAUAAAGCUCAGCUUCACUACUCUUGGAUCCUACUGACUUAACAAGGCAAGCUCCUGAAAGCGCUGCUGGGAACAAAGAGGUAACUUUUUCCUGAUAUUGUUUUGGAGCCCAAAGAUUCAUUCUUUGAUGGGUGGGAAUUCUGUCAUCUGUGAUUCCAGGUUUCAACUAAAGAAGUGUGCUGCUGAGAGAUUGGACAAUUAUGAUUGGAUGAGUCGCCUUCCAGAUGACAUUCUUGUUGUGAUAUUGUCUUCUCUUCCGCUGAAGGAAGCUGGGUGCACGAGUGUUCUUUCAUCUAGUUGGAAGAACUUGUGGAAACAAACCUCACGCCUCAAUUUUAAUGCAAGCAGCGCAUUGGACAAGAUUGCUCGAGAUCCCAAGCUACGUUGUGAGGAGAGGCGCAUGUAUGUAAGGUGGGUGAACUCAGUCCUGAAAUCUGCACCACGCAAAGAAGCGCUCAACUUGGAGCACUUCAGGAUCUGUUUUGAUGUAGGGAAAGGAUUCUCUGGGACCAUUACAAAGUGGCUUAAGUUUGCUUUUAAGAGACGAGUUGAGAGGUUGGAGUUGAACCUUCUGGAAUAUGGCGAUAACGAAUCAGAGAAACAGUACGUGUUCCCUGAAGACAUCUUGUUCCGAAAGAGCAUUGACAUCCCUCACCAAACUACUACACUUUACAACUUCAAUUCCUUGAAAGUGCUGUGCUUCAAGAAUAUCUCGAUCAAUGAUGAAGCUAUUGAGUUUUUCUUGCGCAACUGCACAUCACUGGAGCAAUUAGUUCUUCAAGACAUAAAUCAAUUAUCAAAUCUAGAAGUUCGUGGUCCAUCUCUCGUGCUAAAAAGCCUGUAUGAAAGUUUUUGCGUUGGUUUGGAAUCCAUUAAGGUAUCAGCACCAAACCUUACUUCACUUGCUGUUUCGAUAACAGAAGGACUCGUACUUGAGAAUGUUCCAAUACUGGUGGAUUUAGCUAUUACCUGUCAGAAACGUCACAUGCCAUUGUUAGUUCCUGCACUAUCUUGUUGCUUUUCCCAAUUGGAGAUUCUUACCUUGCGGCUGCCGUGGGGGUAUAAGGAUCAUGAUAUUGCGCGGUUUAACUUCCCUGAGCUGCUCGAGUUGAAGAAGCUGGUUGUAGAUUUUACCCCAGAACGUGAUGCAAGUGUUCUUGGGCUAAUGACAUUCAUGAGGAUAUCUCCCAACCUAGAAGAGUUUUUGUUGAUGAUUGGCUAUAACGGGACAUUGUCAUGUGCUAGCAGAGAAGUGAAUAAGGGGACACCAUUUCCACACCAACACCUUAAGGUGUUCCAGUACUUGGGCUAUUACGGCCGCUGCAGUGAUAUGGAAGUAGUGAUGUUCAUUGUGGAAAACUGUGUUGGGCUUCAACAAAUCAUAAUCGAUCCAUCCAUGCCGCUAGAAUUGUUGCAUACACCACUAGAUCCCGACGAGUUGGAACGAGAAGAAGUUUGCAGAAGUUAUGCCAAGCAACAGCUGGAACCAAUAGUCCCUCCCCACAUUACAUUGGCUAUCCGAUAGAUUCUUCUUGUUACUCCCUCCGUCCCAUAAUUAUCUUCAUUCUUUCCUUUUUGGUCUGUCCCAAAUUUAUCUCCUCUUUCCCUUUUUAGCAAAGGAUUUGUGGUUCACAACCAUUCUUACACAUUUCUCUCUCCUCUACACAACUCUCCACCACACAUUUCCCACUUUCUUAAUCUCCGUGCCCAGUCAAAACCGAAGUUAAUUCUGGGACGGAGGGAGUAUUUUAUAUUAUCGCUGCCUCUGCUUCUAAAUUUUGUAAUUUACCUGAGUUGAUUUGUAAUUUAAGAUUUUUUUACUAGGGAAAAAUAAUUAAAAUACCCCAAACUUUGAAGGAGUUUGAGAUAAACACCCUAAACUCUCAUAUGUAAUUUAAAUACCCCAAACUUUAUAUAAAAAGUUAUUUUAGCG